UGUUUUAAACGAAAGUUGUACUAUUUGAGACAAAUUAUACUCUUUAAAAUGAGAGUUACACUGUUUAGAUAAAAGUUGCACUUUUGGAUGAAAUUUAUAUUAUUUUUUAUUCUUUUCUUCUUCUUCCUCCUCAUUCGACCCUUUGGGUGAAAGUUGUAUUCUUUGCAAAUUUUUUUUGCAAUUUUUAUUAAUCUCCUUCAAAUUUGAUCCCUCUUUUGCUUGAAAUCGCCUUGUUUCGAGAGAGAAGAGUAGAGAGAGGAAAAAACCCGAUUUCUUUUGUUUUGAUCUCUUUCUCACCUUAGAGAGAGUAAAGAGAACCUCUUCAAUUCAAUCCUUAUAGCUUCAAAAUAUCAAAAAAAUGAGACAAAAAAAAAAAAAAAACUUUUUUUGGGGUGUUUAAGUUGAUCUCCUUUGGGUUGAAGUAGUAAAGAUUCGAUAUGGAGUUGGGCAUAGAAAGGUAGGGAUUGUGAGCCUGCGGAUGAACAGCUCGUCUAUCUUCCAGCGCGGCGUGAGCUCGUCCAUCUUUCGGCGGGGGACGACGUCUUCUCGAUGUCGUCGCGCGACAAGGACGACGUGGAGGCCCUCAAGUAUGCGGCACUUGAGAAGCUGCCAACCUACAACCGGGUGCACAAUGGGAUCUUUUUUGAUGAGGGGAUCCGCAAAGAGAUCGACAUCGACAGCUUGGGUUUCCAGGAGAAGAAGAAGUUGCUCGAGAGGCUUGUUCGAGUCACAGAGGAGGAUAACAAGAGGUUUCUAUUGAAGCUCAAGGGUCGGAUCGACCGAGUUGGACUCGAUUUCCCGACGAUCGAGGUGUGGUACGAGCACCUCAACAUCGAGGCACUCGCUUACGCAAAAGCGGAGGGGAAGGAGGAGGACGAGAAAAAGAGACAAAGAAAUAGUAUAAAUUUCAUUCAAAGAGUGCAGCUUUCGUCUAAAGAGUGUAACUUUCAUCCCAAGAAAUAUAAUUUUUAUUUUAAAGAGUGCAACUUUUAUUUAAAACAGCGCAAACAUUUUUUAAAAUAGUGUAAUUUUAUUUUAA